AUGAACCUGCGAGAUUACCUAUCAAAUUCUGCUACCGUCAACAAGAACAUUGCCGAAUGUGGUCGAGCGGCCUCUACCGAAAUGAAGGUUCUUGGAAUGCAAUGGAACGCCAUAGAAGACACCAUAACUCUGAGAUGCGCUGAGAUGCGAGCAAACAAGACCUCCAGAAGAACAGCUUUCAGUCAGAUAAAUGGAUAUUGUUACGAUCCUCUUGACCUACUAUCACCGCUAAUGGUUCUUGCUAAGAUAUUUCUUCAAGACCUUCACAAACAGAAGUACGGAUGGGACGACGUUUUGACUGAAAAGGACCAAAACACUUGGAGAUCCAACACAUCGAAUGUGAUUGGGUUUGAAGUGAACUUGCCUAGGAAGGUUGCGGAAAAGAGCGGGACCAGCAGUCAUACGAUGUUAAUACUCGUGGACAGCUCCAAGAGGGCGUAUGCUUGCAGUAUCCACGUUACAACGACGUCUUGCCAAGGCAUCAAAGAAACAAAAGUUUUCACCGCAAAGUCAAAAGCGGCGCCGAUCAAGAAAGAACAAACAUACUUCGGCUAG